CAGGCGCGGGUUCCGGCCGGCCGGAGACUCUUCCAGGAACCGCCCGGCAUCCCGGGCGCGGACUUUGGCUGCUCGGCGUCCGCCGCGCCCUCCUCCCGCCUCUCUCCUCCCUCCGGGCUCCGCGCCUCACUCAGGGGCGUGUCCUGCCCUACCUCCCUGUCACAGUGGUCCACUCAUCCGGCGACAGCAGCACCGGCGGCGGCGGCGGCAGAGCGAGAGCGGCGACAGCUCCCCGGCUCCAGGACAGGAGCGCGGCGGCGGCGCAGCGCCCGUCACCUGAGCGGCGCAGGAGUAGCGGGACCAGGGGUGGGGCGGUGCCAGCCACUCAGCCGGAGGAGGAAGGGGCGCCUCCCAGCUGGGAUUCCACUGCUGGGAAUAAUCUCCGGCUGGCCGGCCGGGGAGGUGGCACCGAGCUGGGAAUACUGGUGGGUGACCAUGUGCAGGGACAGCUAGAGGCCUCCGGGCAGGUAAACCAUUCCGUCCAAGUGUAAAGAAGCAAGGACAGCUGUGUCUGGGACAAUGACAGCCUCUGGCCUGGACUUUGGGGAGGUGGAAACUUUCCUGGACAGGCACCCAGAGUUGUUUGAAGACUACCUGAUGCGGAAGGGGAAGCAGGAGAUGGUGGAGAAGUGGCUGCAGAGGAACAGUCAGGGGCAGGGGGCUUUAGGCCCCGGGGCCGCUCCGGCCCGCACCAGCAGCUUGGCUCACGGCACCCGCAGAGAUGGCGGCAGCGUUGGUGGUGGCACUGGACCAAAUGGCUCUGCCAACAGCCAGCCCGCUCCUGGUGGCGGGGACUGUGGUGGGGUCCCCCUGAGUCCCAGCUGGGCCAGUGGCGGCCGGGGCGACGGGAGCCUGCAGCGGAAAGCUUCUCAGAAAGAGCUGAGGAAGAGUUUUGCCCGCUCCAAGGCCAUCCAUGUGAACAGGACCUACGACGAACAGGUGACCUCCCGGGCCCAAGAGCCCCUGAGCAGUGUACGGCGGAGAGCGCUUCUCCGGAAGGCCAGCUCCCUGCCCCCCACCACAGCCCACAUUCUCAGUGCGCUGCUGGAGUCAAGGGUGAACCUGCCUCAGUAUCCCACUACGGCCAUCGACUACAAGUGCCACCUCAAAAAGCACAAUGAGCGUCAGUUCUUCCUGGAAUUGGUCAAGGAUAUCUCCAAUGACCUUGACCUCACCAGCCUAAGCUACAAGAUCCUCAUCUUUGUCUGCCUCAUGGUGGACGCUGACCGCUGUUCUCUCUUCCUGGUGGAAGGGGCAGCUGCUGGCAAGAAGAGCUUGGUCUCCAAAUUCUUUGAUGUGCAUGCAGGAACCCCGCUGCUGCCCAGCAGCAGCACAGAGAACUCAAAUGAGGUGCAGGUCCCCUGGGGCAAAGGUAUCAUUGGCUAUGUCGGGGAGCAUGGAGAAACGGUCAACAUUCCUGAUGCCUACCAGGAUCGAAGAUUCAAUGAUGAAAUUGACAAGCUCACUGGAUACAAGACAAAAUCAUUAUUGUGCAUGCCCAUCCGAAGCAGUGAUGGUGAGAUUAUUGGCGUGGCCCAAGCGAUAAAUAAGAUUCCUGAAGGUGCUCCAUUCACUGAAGAUGAUGAAAAAGUCAUGCAGAUGUAUCUUCCCUUUUGUGGAAUCGCCAUAUCUAAUGCUCAGCUCUUUGCUGCCUCAAGGAAAGAAUAUGAAAGAAGCAGGGCUUUGCUAGAGGUGGUUAAUGACCUCUUUGAAGAACAGACUGACCUGGAGAAAAUUGUCAAGAAAAUAAUGCAUCGGGCCCAAACUCUGUUGAAAUGUGAACGCUGCUCUGUUUUACUCCUAGAAGACAUUGAAUCACCAGUGGUGAAGUUUACCAAAUCCUUUGAAUUGAUGUCCCCAAAGUGCAGUGCCGAUGCUGAGAACAGUUUCAAAGAAAGCGUAGAGAAAUCAUCCUACUCCGACUGGCUGAUAAACAACAGCGUGGCCGAGCUGGUUGCUUCAACAGGCCUCCCGGUGAACAUCAGUGACGCCUACCAGGACCCGCGCUUCGAUGCCGAGGUGGAACAGAUAUCUGGUUUUCACAUAAGGUCUGUUCUCUGUGUCCCUAUUUGGAAUAGCAACCACCAAAUAAUUGGGGUGGCUCAAGUGUUAAAUAGACUUGAUGGGAAACCUUUUGAUGAUGCAGAUCAAAGGCUUUUUGAGGCUUUUGUCAUCUUUUGUGGCCUUGGCAUCAACAACACAAUUAUGUACGACCAAGUGAAGAAGUCCUGGGCCAAGCAGUCUGUGGCUCUAGAUGUGCUAUCAUACCAUGCGACAUGUUCAAAAGCUGAAGUUGACAAGUUUAAGGCAGCCAACAUCCCUCUGGUGUCAGAACUCGCCAUUGAUGACAUUCACUUUGAUGACUUUUCUCUCGAUGUGGAUGCCAUGAUCACGGCGGCUCUCCGGAUGUUCAUGGAGCUGGGGAUGGUACAGAAAUUUAAAAUUGACUAUGAGACACUGUGUAGAUGGCUUUUGACGGUGCGGAAAAACUAUCGAAUGGUUCUGUACCACAACUGGAGACACGCCUUCAAUGUGUGCCAGCUGAUGUUUGCCAUGCUAACUACCGCUGGGUUUCAAGAGAUUCUGACCGAGGUGGAAAUUUUAGCAGUGAUUGUGGGAUGCCUGUGUCAUGACCUCGACCACAGGGGAACCAACAAUGCCUUCCAAGCUAAGAGCGGCUCUGCCCUGGCCCAACUCUAUGGAACCUCUGCUACCUUGGAGCAUCAUCAUUUUAACCACGCCGUGAUGAUCCUGCAGAGUGAGGGUCACAAUAUCUUUGCUAAUUUGUCCUCCAAGGAAUAUAGUGACCUUAUGCAGCUUUUGAAGCAGUCAAUAUUGGCAACGGACCUCACGCUGUACUUUGAGAGGAGAACAGAAUUCUUUGAACUUGUCAGUAAAGGAGAAUGUGAUUGGAACAUCAAAAACCAUCGUGAUAUAUUUCGAUCAAUGUUAAUGACAGCCUGUGACCUUGGAGCCGUGACCAAACCGUGGGAGAUCUCAAGACAGGUGGCUGAACUUGUAACCAGUGAGUUCUUCGAACAAGGAGAUCGGGAGAGAUCAGAACUCAAACUCACUCCUUCAGCUAUUUUUGAUAGGAACCGAAAAGAUGAACUGCCUCGAUUGCAAUUGGAGUGGAUUGAUAGCAUCUGCAUGCCUUUGUAUCAGGCAUUGGUGAAAGUCAAUGUGAAACUGAAGCCAAUGCUAGAUUCCGUGGCUGCAAACAGAAGGAAGUGGGAAGAAUUGCACCAAAAAAGGCUGCUGGUCUCAGCUGCCUCUCCCUCCACUGCCAGCCUCACAGUAGCUGAAGAGGACAGAAACUAAACCUCCAAGUCAGCUGCCGCUGCAAAAUGACUGCAUCCUGAAAGGCCGACUCCAGUCUAGCCACAUCAUCCUUUUGUUCUUUUAGCUCAGACAGACCUAAGGUCUCGAGGGUGUGCUGGGAAGCAUGGCUGGGCUUUCACCUUGAAGUGUGGUCAGCAGCGGAGAGGGUGACAGGAAGGACAAAGGAGGAGGUGGGGCCAGGAGCACACCCCAGGACCCUCACCUUCCUCUGAUGGACCCACACGGGCUGAGACGAAGGCUCUGGGCAGAGGACUGUUUUGGAUCCAAGGACCUGAGGACAUUCGGCCCCGCUCACUCUGUGCUGCGGGAACACUGAACCGUGAAAGCGUCAUUAGCGCUGCUUCAUUUUGUAUAUGGCUCUUCUGUUCGUUACAAGCCAAACGCUGCCUGCCUUUGCUUCCUCUCUCUGAAUGCCCUUUUGUGCCAGACUGUCCCAAGAAUCCUGAUCUGUAAUCUAGAGAGGUAUUUUAUUUUUAAUCCUAAAGCCUCUUAAUGAUGGAUCAGAGCCUUUAGAAUUGCCUACCUAAAGGAUAAGCUAUACUGUCAUAAAUACCAGCCAAUCCCACCCAGUUUUCCCCAAAAAAAGGUCCAUAGCAGAAAUACAACAAGUGUGUUUGUCUGAUUGUGAUUCUGCAUUGGGACCGUGGUCCCCUUUUUCAAAGUUUUUUAAUUCAACCUUUAUUAUAGACCAAGUCUUCUCCCAGAAGGAAUGGAUUAAUAGACUUUAAUUAAAGCAAGAAUGAAAGAAAAUCUAUAGCUGGAUUUACCACAAGUGACAUCUAGGAACUAUAGUCCCUAGAAACAUUUAGGAACUAGUUCCAACAGCAAGAUAUAUUUCACAGGAUUCAGCAGAGCCAUAGAGAUUGAGCAUUGACUACCUUGCGUUCUCCUAGUGAUGAGUUUUGGUAUCAAAUUUAUGGUUACUACCAGUAACCAACUUAAAGCCAUAAGCAUCCUCAAUUUUGGAUUUUUCCUUUAAAAAUAUGCUUGAAAGAUUAAGAAAUAACAGUCUGGACAGAGAACCCAUAUUCUGUGGGAAGCCAGGUUUAUAAUAGGGAAGAAUAAACUAUAUUAAAUAGAUGCAAUGACUAGAUGGUCUCUUUGUUUUCCAUUUUACCUGAGGACAUGGUAUGUCUUAUCCAGAGAACACUGGGCUAGAAGAUAGACGUCAGUCCCUAGCUUUGGCACUACUGACUGGGUAAAUUUGGACAAGUCACUUCUCUAAGUUUGUUUCCUUAUCUGUCUUAUACUAGGAAAUGAUUUUCAAACAGUUUUAACUUUAGAACUCUUUGUUCAAAUAACUCUUUCAAGGAAUUGCCAAGAAAUAAAACAUCAAAAAGCAGAAUUCCUCUGUUUGAAGCAGGGUUUGGGGAUCCACAGCCCCUACAAAUCUUCAUCUCUUUGAUUAUACACAUGGUGAUCCACAAAGGGACUCAGAGGAGUUUGAAAAUCCCUGAAUUAGAUGAAACCUGAGGUCCUUUCCAGCUCUAAAAAUUCUAAAAUUUACAAACCAUUUUGUUCAUGUUGUUACUCAUCAGCAUCAGUUAUUAACUUUACAAUUCAACUAUUAAAGAAAUAGGGGCCAAGUUUUACAAGGGACGUGUUUUUCCAAUACACAGUAGAGAAAUUGGAAAAAUGUUUGUGGAAUGAGUAGGUAAAAUUAAGUGAGGGGAGAGCAGGUAAGUGUAGGGAAGUAAGAUUCUUUAUAGCAGGGAAUGAAGUUAAAGAAAAUUAUAAACCAGACAAAGGGGGAAAAAAGGAAGAAGAAGAAAAAUAAGAUGACCAAUAAAGCAAAGAUAGGGACUGAGGCAGGUGAAUAAAGGAAUUGCCAAAGGCAAGGUGAAAGUCAAUGCAAACAAAGAAAAAUGGUACUUCCAACCCAAAACAUGAAGAUGUAGAAUCCUGCCAUCAAUUGCUCAGAAAAGAGAGACACUUGAGCAGGGAGGGGGUUGACAAAAGAGAGACGGAAGGAGUGGGAGCCCUAAAAAAUAAUGUUCCUAGCUCCCCUUUACAGCUGUCUCUGCAGGGAAGACUGGAAAAACCAGAGGAGACAAUGAGUGCAGGAAAAACUGCCUCCGCAGAGCAGGUAAGAGGAGGUUGUUCAGAUUUAUGGAUUUUAUUAAGCCAGUUUUCUGAAUCACUCCACUAUAAAGGAAAAUAACUUCUGCAGGGCUGUCUCCCCUCCUUCAGGUAAGGAACAAAGAAAGCAUGGGUGGGGUUAGGGACAGAGCCUGGUCUGCGAGAUCAUCACGUGUCUGCAGCUCAGAGGCACUGCAGGUGUCCCUGCGUAUUGUGCCACAUCAUGUUUAUGUCCCGAAUGGGAAUUGAAAAUCAGUCCAUGUGAGGCAGAGAUGAGCCCACAUCUGUUAUCCUCCCCAACAAUAAAUAAAUAAGUACCCCAGACAAAUGGAUGCCAGUCCAUCUAGAGCAACAUUUUAAAGCAUGUGCUUUAUGAUAAAACUGGACCCAGGGUCUGACAGAGACUGCAGGCAGCUAAAAGCACUGUAGCCACCCUGAAUGUUGAUACUGCAUAUUGCUAAGGGGAACAUAAUUUAUAGCACAAACCCUACAGCUUCCACUAAGGUUGAGUUUUCCUCUCAUUUUCUUCCCUUUUUAUUGGCUUCACUGCACGGUUGCCAAUAGCAACAUCCACUGGUAGCAAGGGGAGUUCAACACCAUUGCAAUCUGCCAUACAGUGGAGCCCUGACAAUGUCAACCAUCAAUCAAGUAGCUGUUUGUAAUUGCCUCCAUCUAUUUCUCCUGUCUCAAGGUAUCUUUCCUAUUGCGGGUCAAGAUGCAGAAACUGCUGACUAAUCCUAUGGGUCUGAUCCUCCAUGACCACGGAGCAGUGGAAGGGAGGGUGGCAGUCCUUCAGGGUGCCAACAACCCUGGGGGUAAAAGACUGAACUCUUGGGGGGUGGGGGGUUAGGUAGUUUUAAUCCCAUUUCUAAAUGAUUUUUAAUUUUCCAAGAAUGUGAGGUAUGUGUGAUUAUCCAUACAACUCUGCUUUUCCAAAAUAGAGAAAGAGAAAUUGUCCCAGUCCUUAUUGUUAAUGUUUAUCUCCUAGAGGAGGAAGGUAUUUGAAAUGUGAGUCUUUUUGUAAAACCUCAAACUGAUCAGAUCAUAUUUGCUUCCUUGGGUCUCUUGGCAUUAAUGGUUGAAAUGACAUCAUCCUACUUUUUCUAUGAGAUGUAUUUUUUUCAGACAUGAUAUUUAUUCUUGUUAGCCAGUAUUUAGAUAAUAUAUGCACAACCUACAAUGUAGCUGGCAUUCCUGGCAGGUAGGGACAGCCCUCCACACUGCAAAGGGCACCAUCCAGUGCACAGUAGAUUGGGACUCCAUGCUAGCCUGGCCACUGGCUAGACCUGUAAUCUUGGAACUCUCCAGGUCUCAGGUCUUCCAUCUAUUGAAUUGAAGGACUGACUUUUAUUCAGUUCCCACAGCAAAGGACCAAGAUGUGUUUUGCUUUUUAAAAUUUUUCCAGAUAAUCUUCUUAUUUAUUCUUCUCAAAUAAAAUAGGAACAAACCUAAGGAGGUCAUCUUCUUAUUAAAGACACAAUAAAAAGUUACAUAUAUGGGGUAGAUAGAAAAAUAAUCAUACUGCAGAUCUGUCUGAGCCCGCCUCUAGUGAUGGUGAAAGAUAUGGUCAUCAAUACAAUUCUUUAAAAAUAUACCCUUUUAUUUCAUAAAAAACAAUUUUAGAUUAUCUCAUAUCAUAGAUAUCCCAUAAAUGGUAGUCAAUAAUUUAGAAAUGAAUUUAUUUUUAAUGUAAAAUGAGUCAAGAGAAGUUAAAAUUGCAUGUGUGUUUUCUGUUUCUAAAAUCUGAAAUGUCUACACAUUUCUGGGUAUUUUAUAUUUGCAAAUAUAAAAUAUUUGGGUGGAAAAUAAUCUUUAACACUUUGUGUUAGUAUAAUAACAAUAUUAUCCAUUAUUAAUUCCACCAAAAUUCAGUUGCAUUUUCUAUGUAUUAAAAUGUAUCAUGCUUUAUCCACCUACCUUAGGUAAUUAAACAAAAUCUGCUCUAUUAACUUUGCAGUACAAUUAUUUUAAAAUCCAUUUUUUACUGCUGACUAUAAUGAAUUACAGAAAGAUAAAACAGUUUCAUCCCCAGUAAUAGUAUGAAACAAUUCCCUUCAAGUGAGACAGAAAUCUAAACAUAUUAUGGAAAGAUUUAAAUAUAUUUUUAAAAAUUGCUUUGGCUUGGGAGAAAAAAUACAAAAAAAGAUUCAUUACAGCAACAGGAGAAAACCUAAUUUGGAACCCUAAAAACUCUGGCAAUGUUACUGUGGCAAAGCUUCAUUAUCUGCUUCAGAAUAAUAGUCUUUAAAAUUGUUAUUCUGCCAUGUGCUAUAAAGAAGUCCUCAAACUCAAAUGUAUCAGGAAAUUUAAAGGUUAAGUGUGGCUACAUGUCUAGUUUAUGGUGUUUUGGCCUUAAUAAGCUUGCACAAUAAUGGGAUCAAACACAUAGAUGGCAGAAACAAAAUGAGGUGUAUCUGGAGAAUUUCAUGAUGAGCAUUUAGAUUUAGCAGUGUCCAAUGUCGUGCUUACAUUGCUUGUGUCUCGAACUUUUUUUUCAGCUAGUAAUUUUGGGUUGUACAUUUUUUUUAAUUAAUUUCAAAUUUUUUUGCAUGUUUGGUACAACUUUCAGCAGUGCUAAAGAUACAUUGUUUAUUUGUGCAGCAUACCUACACCAAUGUUGUUGGAUGUAUACACUGGUACAGAAAUAUGUUUGUUUUAUUAAGUAAAUGAAAUAUUUGCUGUGAAAAAUGUGUUAUUUGUGGCCAUCAUUUAUCUCCGUGUUCAUUUUCUGUGUAUAAGUGCAUGUUAGAAUCUCAAUUUUCCUUUUGCUUUAGUUUAGAUUUAGAUUAAAUCAUAUUUAGGUAAAUUUUGUAAAAACAUCAUAGUGUGGAAAUAGAAGGCUAGGUUUUGUUGAGUCUCAUUCCCUUGAGGGGAAAUUGCUUUUGCCAUUUUAUUUAGAUGUACAAUAAUCUAAAAAGGAUCCCCUACUGACUUGCUUCCUGUUUAUUAUUGUUUUACCCGAAAGAAGGGAAAUAUGUUUCAGUUGAAUUGUUUGAAGUCAUUCCCUUUGUGUAGAUUUCCCAAACUGAUGAUUCAUUAUAGGAAUACCACAUUUUAGACUGCUUGGCCAUUUCACAAGCAACUAAUCCAUGAUUUUGAAACAGUCUGCUUUAAGAAACCUAAAUAUCUUUGUUUUUAAUAAAAUGCUUGAAGUUCAACUAAAGCUCUGUAAUAAUCUUUAUUUCGAGAAGGGUGACUUAAGGGCUGAAAGAAGCAAGCAUGCAUACAAAUACCUACAAUUUAUAUUUUGACUAUUAAUUUAGCCCAUUAACUUUGCCUUGACGUGUGGUGAUGUUUGCCUGUGUGAGAAGGAUACCGGGAUAUCCCUGUUCAUAUAGCACUUGAAAGAUGACAAAAGCUCCUUCAAAUUAUUGAGGUUUUUCUGGAGGUAGGAAAGUCUGCAGCCAAAUGCUGGGUUCCUGUGUCCGUUACAGAUUGCUCAAAUUUGCAUGGGCAAUUACACAGGGGGAUCGCAUCAACGCAGGGCCGCCAGCCACACUGACGCCAUACAAUUACACAACGGCUUCGGUGCUUAAACUUUAAAAUUCUUACACCAUUGUGCCUGUUCUAUUAGAACAAACUGCAGCAAAUGAUCCAAAGCCAAUUCAAAUGACUGGA